AUGAAGAGCGCCCUCAUGAGUUGUGGAGAGCGCCACCAUGUGGACUUUAUUCAAGCAGAGACAUCAUCAGUUGUGCUAUCACCUCCAGAAAACGAAGGGGAACUUCAAGGCAGCCCACCCACUCCGGCAACACACCUAAACAGGAUCCUUCAGGAACACGACAACUUCGCCAAAGACUGCAGCGAAGACACACUGAAGGAUAACACCUUUCAGUUGCCGUACAUUGCAAUCGGUUACUUCGACCAUGAUGGUGGAAGCCUGUCCUUAGACAAGUACAAUGUCCACCUGUACAUCCCUCGUGGCGCACUUCCCAAAGAUUCACUACAGCAGGUGUACAUCUACGUCAACCCUAAUGCGCCACCUGUUGACGGGAUCGAUCCGUCAGAUUGUGUCUUGUCACCGAUGAUCCAGUGCGGCCCAACAGGUCUGGAGUUUCUGGACAGCGUGGUGCUGUCAUUCCCUCACUUUGCAAAGGAGGGAAGCGGAUGGGAGCUGCGUGCACAGUUGUGCAAUGACGAAGAAGGCUCGCUCAAAACCUGGAAGACUCUAGCUGCAGGUGUUGACGGCGAGGUGGUAUCGACUAAAGACAAGACCGUCGUUCUCCUGAUGAAGCAUUUCACAGGGGCAGCUCUAGUUGGCCAACCUUCCGCAACGAGCACCAAGAUAAUGAAGGCUGGAGUGUUUGGGAGCCCCUUUGAUCCGUCUGAUGGUCGUUAUAGCUUCCGGUUUCGCCUCUGGAACGUUGAACCAGUUGUAGGAGAGAAUGUUUUUGAAAUGGAAAAGGAAAUGAGCUCCGAGCAGCUGGACGCUUCCAAAUUACUGAAAGUUUGCAGAUCAGGAGACGUCCACGCUGAAAUCGAGAACAUCAAGGAGGGUUGGGAACUGGCAAUUCCUUGUUUACAGAAACAGACUAUACCAAUCGAAAGAAUCUGGAAGUUGCCAACGGACUUUGUGACCUUUCACCUUGAUCGCCGAAAUGUCAACGAAGCUUCAUCUUGCAAAGGUCCUUCUUGCGAAAGUUCCAUUUUCCAGAGUAGCAUCGAAACUGGAGAAGCUUCAAAUGGAGACAAAGCUCACUUCAUCAUUAUACCACCAAAGGUGAAAGAAUCGAAACGAGAGAGAGACGAGCAGAGUCCUUGCUACAGUUGCCGACAAGAUGCAGCCCACGAAAUCUGCCCAUCGUGUAAGGAGGCAAUGAUAGGCGUUCGAGUUCCCAAGAAGCGAGAGUUGUCGGACGGCGAUUAUGGAGGCUUAUCGGAGGAGUUGGUACGCACUCUCUCUCAACAACGAGACAUGGCCAGAGUGGUGGUGGGGCUAGCAGAUGUCGGCCACAGCGUAAUGCAAGCACAGGAUUCCUUAAAGGUCUUCUUUGGACGUCAGAGGGCACGUGGCGUCCAAGACAGGACGGCUGUGAAGCGUCUGCUGGAAUCUCUUGAUAAGCACAUUGUGAAGAAAGUUAGGGAGGAGCUGCAAGGGGCAGAAAACUCGCCAGAUGAUGGUUCCAUAUCGAAGGGAAGGACUGAUGAUUGUUCUUGGCUUGCCUCGGAAAUUGACGACGAGAAACGCUUCCGUUGGCUUGCCUCCAGAUUGGGACCGGAGUGGGAGGCACUGGCAACAGAGUUAGAAUGCACUAAUGCAGACCUGUUCAAGAUUAAAGAAGAUAACAGAUAUGACGUCAGUAAUCAGAUCUUUACGAUGCUUGUCCAGUGGAAGCAGCGGUGGGGAUGGUUGGAUAACCGUAUCUUAGCCGGGGCCUUGGAGAAGGCUGGACGACGGGAUCUGGCACAGCAGUUUUAA